UGGGUCAAGAUUGUGACAUUUCCCGGCAAAAGUUUGCAUCGUGAUUUUUAGUUGUUUUUGGUUGAUUUUCGCUUGAAAAUGGAUAAUAUUCCGACGCAUACGAUAAAUUUCGCGGAUAAAAUCUCGUGUUUUGAGCUCAGCAGUUAUGAAUUUACCAAAAAUUUGAUUUGUGUGGCGUUGUCUGAUAAAAUUAUCCUUGGAUUGCUUCAAUUUCCUGAAGAUAGUGCCCUUGAAUGCCUCGAAUGGAAGGAAUUAAAGGAGAUUCACUGUUACGAGCCUCGUGUCGAGUCAAUUGCCAUCUCGCCAAGCUCGACUUUGGUAUCGGAAAAGACAGUUACCUUCGUGACAGCCUCCUCCGACUACAAUUUACGCAUUUACAACACAGAUUUGGAAAGUAAAAACACCGUUGAAGUCCUUUCCGGACACAAAAGUUACAUAAAUUCCGUCGCUUGGGACUAUUCCAAUGAAUUUUUGGCAUCCGGCAGUGAUGAUCACACGUUAAUUUUAUGGAAUACGCAGGAAAAUUACAAAUGCGCAGCGACAUUUUACUUCAAAAGUUCCGUCGUUUCGUGCAAAUGGCAUCCGGAGGAGUUGGAAAAGUUGAUGGUAGCAGAGAAAAAUGGCACAAUUCAUUUGUACAACGUUCCGAAUGGCGAAGUUUUGCUCAGUGUCGAAACCGUUCUCAAUCCAUUGAUGUGUGCGGAUUGGUCUUUGUCAAAUUCGGCGUUUAUUUGUGCAAUUGCUGCCGGAGAAACGUUCAUUUGGGACCUAAAAACGCCAAGUCGACCUGUCGAUACGAAACACAUUCACGAAGAUGUCGGAAUUGCCAUCAAAUUUUCGCCCCAAAAUGAGCUCGUGACUGCCAGCAUUGGGCGCCCGCUUACAACGCUGAAGGUUAUGAACUGUAAAAGUCAAAUUCCUCAAGUAGAAGCUCCGUUAUGUCUUUACGGGGGAUUGUGCUGGCAUUAUAAACAUGCGUAUGUAGGAGCAGCUCAAGACAGGAAAUUAUGUUUUUGGCGCGUGCUUCUAAAAUAAAAUACAGAAAAAUUCACAUUUAAUGCUAAUAAUAAUUUUUUUAAUAAUUUAAAAUUCAAAUUUUAAGACUUUUAAUCGUCUCUAAAA